GAUCAGUCCAACGUUGCUUGGCUGGGAACGUAAGGCUCAGCCCGACGGAUCAAGUAGAGAUGUGCUUGGAUUGCGUCAUAUCUAUAAAGAGAUCGUUGCGUCAAUGAACGUGCUUAGGAAUCAUGAACGUUCCUUACGAAAAAGUACUUGUUAUGGGAAGCGAGGGAAGUUGUUGAUCGCAUCCAUGGAUUCGUCAAGGAACUAAAAAAAGACUCAAGAGAACAUGCACAAGAACCGUCUUUCAAUCGCCCAGAGAGUUGAGCGCAAUAGCAAUGGCCUAUGUACGAGAACGGUGGCGAAAAUGGGGCUUAUUCAACAAGCAAGUCUCCCGCGAAAGAUUCAUAAUAGGAAGAGUAUGAUCAAACCCAUACUUAGAAGGCACGGCCGACAAUGGGGAGGAUUGGUGAAGGAAGCGGUGCACAAGAGAUGGCGAGAAGAUCAAGAUGUCACGAUUACACGAGGAACUAUCAGAUGGUACCGGCUUGGAAAAGACUUAGACUUUUCGUUCAGAAUCAAUAAGGAGAUGAAGCACAUGUUUGAAAGACCUGAUCUCACCGCGUUAAGAAGG